AUGGCGGAUCUAGAAGCUGUACUGGCGGAUGUUAGCUAUUUGAUGGCUAUGGAGAUGAGUAAAUCUACUCCUGCUGCCCGUGCCAGUAAAAGAAUUGCUCUACCUGACCCAAGUAUCCGUGGCAUCAUGACCAAAUACCUGGAGAAGAAUAAUCAAAUCACUUUUGAUAAAAUUUUCAAUGAGAAAUUAGGUUACUUGUUAUUCAGAGAUUUUGCGCUCAAUGUAAGUGAAGAACCUGUGCCUCAGUUGACGUUUUAUGAAAAUAUAAAAAAGUUUGAAAAGUUGGAGACAGAUGAAGAACGCAUAAAACUUGGUCGAGAAAUAUAUGAUCAGCAUAUUAUGAAAGAAUUGUUGUCGCAUAAUCAUAAAUUCUCUAAAUCCACUGUGGAUCAUGUUCAUGAAUUGCUUACUUUAUCUCAGAAAACUAAAAAGCUACCACCAGAUACUUUUUCUUUAUAUAUAGAUGAAAUUCUUCAAUCUCUUCGUGGUGAUGUAUUUGAAAACUUUCUUCGAAGUCAAAAAUUCACACGAUUUUGUCAAUGGAAGAAUUUGGAAUUAAACAUUAAUCUGACUACUAAUGAUUUCAGUGUACAUCGUAUCAUUGGGCGUGGUGGUUUUGGUGAAGUUUAUGGAUGUCGAAAAGCAGACACAGGUAAAAUGUAUGCUAUGAAAUGCUUGGAUAAGAAAAGAAUCAAAAUGAAGGGUGGAGAGACUUGGCUCUUAACGAGCGUGUCAUGCUCUCACUUGUCAGUACAGGAGAUGGUUGUCCUUUUAUAG